CAGGAAGUAUCAUAAGCUGAGCUGUGAAUAUAAUCAGGUAAACUACAUUGUUCAGUCUGGUCAGAAGCGGUUGAAGAUGCAGCACAGCGGCUCCAACAGCAGUAUGACUGACUUCCAGAAGCUGUGGGCAAGAUGGGACGGCCUCGUGAACCGCUUUAAUGAUGACCCCAAGGUAGCAUGGCUGAUGGAGACGAGAAUCGGGCAGUACCUGAGCAGCCAACCUGUCUUAGCUCUGGCAGGGUUGAUGUUCAGCGCCAUGGCUGCACUGCCUGUGGGAAUUUUCCUCUCUUUUGCUCUUGUGACCAUCGUUAUGUCGGUUGUCGGUUUUGUUUUCUUUGAAAUGUUCCUUUUGUUUAUAGGAGGAAUGAUUCUGAUGUGUGUGCUCCCCGGCAUCGCCCUCUUCUCUGUCAUGGUUGCAUUCAUCUCUAAUGCGCUUUAUGUCACCAGCGCCAACAUCUUCAACUGCUAUUAUCUGACAAAGGGAGGUAAAGUCCUGGACGACCAUGAAGAGUCUAUGGAGAGCAAAUGUGAGAACAAAAAAAUGAAGGAAAUGCAGUAACUUGAUUCUUCUUCUCUCUCCAAUUGUCAAAUUUCAUGUGGAAAAGCUCAAAUUCGCUGAAGCUCGUGGGUGGAAUUCAGAGGAGUCACACCCUUGAAUGUAUUAUAUUCACCUAAUGUUCUUAGCACAAAUACUUCCUGAUUGUUACUGAAGCCUAAAUAUUGUAACUUCAUAUAUUUUUUCUAACAUGUGUCAUUAUCUCUAUUCAUGUAGACGAAUGAAAUGUCUACACCAGCCAAAGCAUGGAAUAACUCAUCUUUCAACUGCCAGGUCAAAUUCUGAAUAUGUAUGUAAAUCGAAUCUGUACGACAUAACCUGUACAUGCACUAUGGAUUUAUCUUGAACUGGCAUCUCAUUUCAAGUAAUUGAGUGAAAGAGGAAAUAUGUUGACUCAUGGCUGGACAGUGUGAUUAAGCCAUUUACUAUUCCAUUUUCUACAUUCAUUUUUCAGUCUGAAAAUGUGUGGGUUGAUUAUGCUCACCUGAUGUUUAUGCCUAUUAGGCACAAAUAAAUGCACUACAAAACAACUCAGGCUGUCCUCAAACAGACAUUUUUAAGUUGACUUGCACUCAUGACUUUGUCGACGAAAUGAUGAGAAUGUAAUCAACAGAUCUGUAAAACUGAGUCUCUCUCUAUCGACAAACACUUCAAAUCUUGUGUUCACUUAAGUUUCUUGGAAAAAAGUAAUUCGGCAUGAAGAAAAGCCAGCUCCACGCAGCCCUAAAGAAGGAUAAGCGGUUUGGAUAAUGGAAUGAAGAAAAGCACACAAAUUGACUUGAACCAAGGAAUCUUGAAGAGGAGCCCUGAAAAAAUAAAACUGCUACAGGUGUAUGUUUGCUGUUACCUUUAAGAGCACAAUGUUCUAUAUUUGUAAUGUAGCUUUGAAUAAAUGUUCCUCAGGAUUCACAUC